AUGUCGCAAUCCCAGACUCUCAAGGGCGCCAAGGCCCAUCAUCCCGAAGCUCUGGCAGCUGUUGACCCUCCCAGAAGUCAGCGCUCACAGGCAUCGUGGAGACCUCAACCAGUGCCCGAGGGCACAUCGCAAAGUCUAGAGUCCAGGAAAAAGAGCACCAAGUGUCCUGAGGAAAGGCCUCAGCAUUCGCCGGCUGAUCCCCAGGUGGUGGAUUGUGUUGAGCUGCCGAAAAAGGUCAGCUAUUGGCGCAAGGUAAGAGAAAGGAAGAAGCUUGAGCAAGGGCAUCGAGAUUUGAGUCAAAACAACCGCAAAAUGGAAAAAUCUCGCGGAAAUUUCCGGAAUAAUAGGCCCAAAGGCGGUGCUCGAAUCACUGCUGGCUGUCCCUCUGGUAGUGCGGAGGGUCCCCGUCCUGGGGGCAAGAACAACAAAACUUACGGCUGUGAGGAUUUCUCUGCACAUUCUCUCCAAAAUUUGGGGUCCCAGAAGAAAGUCUCUCGCCUUCACAACAAAAACAAGGGCUCUCGGCCUCAGAGAGCCGUUACUGUUUCCGAUACCCGCCCGUGGUACCAACGUACGGUCCAUGUGAAGCCGUGGCUAUGGGAUCCUUUCUAUCCGAACCCGGACAAUGGCACAAAGGAAACCCCAAGCUUUAACUACAAUCGUCCUUGGCCUUCUCUCGAGGGCAAGGAUGUCGAGGAGUAUCUCCGCAAGGAAAUGAAGAGAGGCCGGCGUGCCGAGCUGCCCCGGAUCACUCCUGAUCUCACCCCCCGCGAGCUUUGCGAUGCCGCGCUGAAAUACAGCGCCAGGGGCGAGGGGAAGCUCUUCGAAACCCGCAAGGCGAUCCUGAAUAACCCCACCGAGCCGAAGCUCCUCAUUCUUUCUGAUAACACGAUCUGGACCGAGAAUGAGGAUAAUGCUUUCCUCAAUGUGAUCAGCAUUGGAGAGAUCGGAAACAUUAUCCUCCAUCACCUUCGACCCAGUGUUGUUGAUUUGACAGCCCUUGCAUUUUCUUGCAAGAGAGCCACCUUUCUCGUCUCUCGCCGGAUGGCUCUCUGGGAUUUUCGUCUUGGCAACUUCCGUACCGAAGUUCUCGCGAAGCAGGAGGAAAUGCGGACAAUGGGCGAUAAUGCCGAGAAAACCAACAAGAUUAGGAAUCUAGUCGACACUCUGGUUGUUGCUCCGUUCACCCCAGAGACCACGGUCCCCAAACAUCCAUAUAUGGAUGACUUCUUGAACAUGAUGAGGGUUUGUGCCACCAUAACCAUGAUUCCUCAGAAAAUUUUCAAGCAUGUUAUCCUCGACCAGGUGCCUUUCCUGACCACUCCAAUAGUCGAGAUGAUCAUCAAUACCAUGCCACAACUGGAGACGCUGACCAUUACCCGUUGUAUUCUCCUGGAUGUCUCCAAGCUCCAGGAUCUCUUGGACGUUGUCGAGCGGCAUCCGAGACUUCUUCCUCCGCGGCCUGGCUCUCGUAGGGGAACCGCUAAGACCUAUGUCAAGCUCGACUGGUUUCCCUUUUUCUUCCAUGGCCCCGAUACAAAAGAUCGCCGCGGAACGUACGGCAUUACCCAUCACGAAAACUUUAUCGCCACACCCAAGGCAGUUUUCGGUUUGGUCAUGCGUCACUGGGAGCAGGCCAACAGAGUCGGCAUGGACCUCAUCAGUGAUCGUUCCGCUUUUUUCAGCUUCAUUCGUCGGCUCCCAGGACCUGAUCCCUUAUGGGCUGUGAAGGCUCGGGAUGCCUGGGUUACUCGACUCUUGAAGCUCAAGGACCAAAAGUUUAACGAGAGAACUGUUGAGUUUGAAUUCAUGGAUGAUCUUCUUCCCGCGUUGGCUGGGGACAACUACGACGAUCAUCUUCCCAGGCCCGUACUUGACCACCUGCCUGCUAUCUAUAGGCACACAUCAGGCUGGUGGCGCCGGCUCUGGACUUGUCCAACCUGCAAGUUCCUUUGGCCGCAGACCAUGUAUGGCCUUAUCACGAACGCCUGCUGGUCAUGCCUACUGCGCGAGUGGAUCUUUGUUUUUGAAGACAGCCACCUGAGGCAUUGGCAGCGUGUGGUGAUGGCGCGCUGGCUGCGGGAUCUUGACCAAGCACGCGCGACGCUCCAGGAAGCUCUGACUUAUCGCGGCACUUUAGACAAGGCGCUGGAGUACGUGAAACAGAUGGAUUGCAUAUGGACAUAUUUCUACAACUUUGACAAGAACCGCUACAAGGGCCUGCAAUACUUCCCACCGCCUCCACGCCCGGUGGACGCUGUGAUUCAAGGGCUUCUGCGCUGGACGUUCCAUUUCAACCACUUCGAGUUCGGCCCUGACUACCGGUGGGAUUGUCGCCACGGUGGCCCUCAGUUCACGGUGAUGCCCUUCAGCGACCCAGCUCGGCACAAUCCUACUGACGACUAUGGCCCCGAGGAUUUCGAAUGCUUCUUGGGGCGUUGGGUCUGGGACGACGAGGCGGACGAACGCUGGUUCGCCAUGUUCAAAGAGGAACAAUACAAAAAGGUCAAAUCUGCGCGUGACCGCAUCAUCGAUCGGUACCAUCCCACCGCGCUACGACUCCUACAGCAGGCGAGAAAUGACCUAGCCUGGCGAAGGCGCAUGGCCAGUUUCGCGAUGGUCGAGCAGAACCACUCGGACUUUAGUAUCCUAACCGAGUGGAACAGGGAAGUCUCUUAUAACAUGUGGGGUUUGUUCACGCCUGGCCGGCUGCCGUUCAAUCACGACCAGCCAAUGCCGCAUAAGGAUCGUGAUCCGGAAGGCUUCCAGAAGGCUCUGGAUCAUUUAAACUUUGACUGCGCCCCGUUCAUGGGUAUCAGCUGGGGCCAGCGUAUGUGA